UAUUGCUUUUGACAUCACUCAUGAGGAAGUCAUGGAUAUACAGAGACUCUAAAUCCUAAAAUCCCUCGCGCAGGUGGAAAAAGUUUGUGAGAGGAAAAGGUAACAUCUGAUGUUACUGAUCUUACUAAAUAUAAAGAGUAGAGUCUGGUAGGAUUUAUAAGACAGCUGCAUUUAAACCAAACAGAGCUUAGAAGGUUGACAGGAACUUUCUUUUAUUCCCGCUGACAACUUCCCUUAGAUAUCGAAACUAAACCGAGCUGCACAAACCACGAGCUCAGAAAACAAGAGACAGGUAUCUCAGAUGAGAACAUGAGUGGAAACACAGAGAAGCCAGAGAAAGAAGAAGACAGCCAGAACAAGUCAUGUCAAAUAGAAACGGAGACACUGCUUGACAGACUUCAUCUUCAAGGCAAAUUUCAACAAAAGUUGUCACCAGCAGAUUUGCUUCAAAUAGGUCCACCUGUGAAACAGCACCAUGUAGAAUCUGAGAAAGAUCUAGCCAGGACUUUUCUCCAUAGGCUGAUAAUGUUGGACUACAGGGCCAGAUAUAUUUCUGUAAGAUCAAGCUGUCAGAUCAAGGAGUCGCUUAAAGCCUCCUCCAGUGACUGGGAUGUUUUUGUGAGCAGCAGUUUCGACACACAUAAAAAAGACAAGGUUUCUGUGCAUCCAAUGGAUGUUCAGAUGGCAGUAUUUCACUGCUCAGACAGCUUCCUGAAACAGAUGAUGAUUACAAAGCUCUCUCAGUGUCAGUAUGCCUUACCUUUGCUUGUUCCUGACCCAGUUACAAUGGAGAUUGAGUGUCCUCUGUGGACUUUGAGAGAAAUAACAAAAACCUGGAGGGAAAAUCAAAUUAAAGAUAAGUCUAAGAUCGUCACCAUGAAGAGUGUUCCAGUCUACAAAGCUGAAACACCCUUGGUGUCAUUUUUCCGCCUGGGUUCUUUGUCAGUGUCUAAAUCUCAGCUGAUGAACACUUUGAUCAACAACCGUCACGACACCUUCUUCCACAGAAACUGCCCAGGAAGCACCAAGUCUCGCUAUUUGAUGGAUGGUGUGGCAGAGAUUGCCUGGUACUGCCCUGCUGGAAAACCCAAUGAUGCCUUCAAUGACUGCAUUGCCUUUUGUAAUCUCCAUGGUGAUGCUCUGUUGAUUGAAAAACAGCGUGACAUACUGAUUGAAAAAUCCUCCAUCAAUAUUUUUCUUGUGGCAUCUCUGCAAAGCGAUGAAGAAAGUCGAUCACUUAUAUCAUCUCUUUUUAAAUCUCAUAAGCCUCUUAUUUGUCUCACAGUUAAUCAGAAUCAUGAUCCUGUUAAGACAAAAAAGGGAAAGUAUAUAAUGGGCCUCAAAGACAAAAGCCACUCAGAUGUAUCUGAACAGCUGAAAAUGAUCAUUAGAGAAGUUUUGUCUUCUCUUGAUGGUCCCAUCUUGAAACCAUCCUUCCAGCUUGAAACCAUGGCUGAGCUCUCUGGAAUCAGAGUGGAUGAAACUGACCCAGCCUGUCAAAGAGGGAAAUCUGCUGCUAUUAAAAUAAUCAAUCUGCUUACAAAGGAUAACAUGGAUGUCUCAAAGAUCAAAGAUGAAUUUCUCCCUUGUCAAGGCAAACUGUGGCAUCAGUGGAGCAAAAUACACAGAGAAAUGUUUCAUCUCAGAGGAAACAUUGAAAUGGAGAAAAGUAAAAAGGAAGAAAAACUGAUGAACAUACGUCAGAAACAAUGUGCUGCUUCCUGCAGUGAACUGAUGGAGUUCUUCACUGGAAGUCUCUCAUCAUUGCCACCAACAGACAGAGAGUAUUUCCUAAAAUGGACUCAGAUCUUCAUAGAUGACCUCUCCACUGAUGGUCUUUCUUCAAUUCUCAAAAGUUAUGAUGAAAAAUGGUCUGAGGUCUUGGUUUUGAAGAACAAACAGGACAAAUCAGAUCUGUUAUUAAAAACAAAAACUGAUCUUGAAGACAUAUCAAAAAAACUUCAGUCUGCAACUUUUGGUUUGGAGCACAUCUUCAGAGAAAUGGGACAGAUCUAUGAAGCCCAUAAAACAACACACAGAGAGAGCAGACACACUGACUGGUCUGAAUACCCUGAGCUGGCUGCACAGCUGAUGAUAUCAGGACACCCGAUGGAGCUGAUGGAUGGUGAUGCAGGUCAUGUGCCUUUAACAUGGAUCUCCAGUCUUUUAGAAGAAGUCAUCAAGAAACUGGGAGACAAGAGAGUUUUUGUGUUGUCAGUUUUGGGCCUACAAAGCAGUGGAAAAUCAACAAUGCUGAAUACCAUGUUUGGGCUGCAGUUUGCAGUGAGUGCUGGCAGGUGCACCAAAGGUGCCUUCAUGCAGCUGCUCAAAGUAUCAGAGGAGAUGAAGAAAGACUUGAAGUUUGACUAUGUUCUAGUGGUGGACACUGAAGGACUGCGUGCUCUUCAGGUAGAAGGUAACAACACUCUUCAUCAUGACAAUGAACUGGCAACACUUGUUGUUGGUCUGGGAAACCUGACACUGAUCAACAUCUUUGGAGAGAAUCCGUCUGAUAUGCAAGACAUUUUGCAGAUUGUUGUUCAGGCUUUCAUGAAGAUGAAGGAAGUGAAACUUUGUCCCAGUUGUGUGUUUGUUCACCAGAAUGUCACAGAUGUUGCAGCAGCAGAGAAAAACAUGGAUGGAAAGAGACGCCUGCAGGAAAAACUGGACCAGAUGGCCAAACUAGCAGCCAAAGAGGAAGUUUUUAAUGUGGGGCGCUUCAGUGAUGUCAUUGAAUUUGAUGUUCAGAAAGAUGUGAAAUACUGUGCCCAGCUGUGGGAGGGCAGUCCACCCAUGGCUCCUCCAAAUCCAGGUUACAGUGAGAGCAUCCAGGAAGUGAAGAACACCAUCCUCUCUAAAGCUUCAAGGUCUGCUGGGAUCACUCUCUCACAGUUCAAAACAAACAUCCAGGACCUGUGGACUGCACUGCUGACUGAAAGUUUUGUUUUCAGUUUUAAAAACACACUUGAAAUUGCAGUGUACAGAAAACUGGAAGAGAUCUUGGCUCAGUGGAGAGGACGAUUUGAAAUCAAAAUGAAAGAGUUUCAUGAACAAGCGAACAGAAAACUGGAUGGAGUCAUCCAGCUGAAGAAAAUACUGGAUGAUAUUAUUAUUAUUAUUGUUAUUAUUAUCAUUAUUGUUAUUAUUAUUAUUAUUAUGAUAUUAUUAUUAUAUAUUAUGCAUAUCCAACAGAAGGAAGGUCGUAAAAUGAAGGAUCAGAAAUCAGAGUUUGAGAACAAACUUCUGCAGAAGAGCAAAGAGCUCGCUCAUAAACUGAAGGAUAAGGCCAAAGAUGAAAAAGAGCUUCAAAGACAGUUCAGCUCUGUUUGGAGCAGCUGGGUUACUGAAUUAACAGCAGAUAUAAAACCUGUUGAAGACAUCAAUUUGGAACAAGAUCAGUUAACGAUCCUUCAAGAACUUGGUUUUGAGCCAGCUCUCAUAGAUGAAAGUAAAAGAAGUGGCAGAUACAAGAAAAUAUCAGAGGUUGGUGAUUAUUCAGGUUAUAUGAAGACAAGUGGUAAUCUGUUGGUUGACAGUUACAACAAAUAUAAAGCAAGAGGUGCUUUUUCCCAUGAAGAACAAGAACAGAUCAGAUCGCUCAUUGACCAAGCUGAAGAAGAGUCACUUGGUGCAAUCAAAAACAAACCUGUAGCUGCAACAGGCUACACGCCAACAUAUUUGCAUGAAAUGGCCAAUCAUGUGACAGAAAAAGUGCAGAAAUUUCUGUCAGAGAGGAAAUACACUUUAAACAAGGAGUUUAAAGUUGAUCUCUUGCUUCAUGUGUUCUACAGGGCAGAAAGUUGGAUUCAAGAGUCACACAAAAAAUUUAAGCUGAACAAUGAUCCAAUCACUUAUUUAGAAAGCAAGAAAACACAGUUUUACACAGUUUUUAGAAGCUUUUGUAAAGAAAACUCAUCUGCUGUUGUGCUUGGAUAACUGAUCUGUGAGAAGCUGAAAGCUUCCAGUAUUGAGGCUGUCUGUAAUAAGACUGCCAUUGAUCUUGCUGGAAGGAUGAGGUGUAAUUUCCCAGCAUUCAAUGGGACCAGGCAGGACUUGGAGAAACAUUUGCUGAAGUCACUCGCUGACAAAUAAUAAUAAUAAUGGACUGGAUUUAUAUAGCACUUUUCAAGGCACCCAAAGCGCUUUACAAUACCAGUAUUCAUUCACACACCGGUGGAGGCAAGCUACAGUUGUAGCCACAGCUGCCCUGGGGCAGACUGACAGAAGCGAGGCUGCCAUAUCGGUUGAGAAGCACAUCUUCAGAAAUAACAAAGAUGAAGCUGUGGAAAUACUCAAGAAAAAUGCUGAUGACAUCAAAACAACUGUAAGUCAGGCUUUAUUUACUGCAGUACAAAAGGUCCAAAAUCAGAGAGGAGACACAGAUAUGUGGCUGAAGGAAUUUUCUAAUUUUCUAAAGGAUGAGCUGACAUUUGACAUUUUUCCUGAAAACUUCAGUGACAUAAAAGAUUUUCACUUUCUCAAGGAAGAGAUAGAGAAAGGAUUUACGUCCAUUACUGAGAAGAUGAGCAGCCUCUCCCUGGAUAAGCUGAAGGAAUCCAGGCAGAAGCCUGAAGAAAUCCUCAUAGAUCAGCUGUGUAACUGCUGCUGGGUAAAGUGUCCAUUCUGUGCAGCUGUUUGUACCAACACCAUGAAAGAUCACAGUCCCGAUGGCCACAGCACUCCUUUUCAUCGACCUGAUGGGAUAAAGGGAUGGCACUAUUAAAAAAACUGAAGAGCUCAGAGUCAUUUUCUGCACAACACUUGUUGCAAGUGAAGAAGCUUUUUACCUUAGCUCUUAUUCAGAGGAAGCCAUUCCCUACAAACAGUACAAAACAGUUUAGACCCCUGAUGGGUCUAAACUGGCAUAUUGGAAAUGGUUUGUUUGUCAAUUUCAAACGUAACUGAAAAAUCACUAUGGGUUCAUGUUCCAGAUCAAUGGAAAGCUAUAUCUAAAGAAGAAGCCAUUAAAAGUCUGGAUGAAAUGUUCUAAUGAGCCAAAGAAACUGCAAAUCUGCUGAAAAUGAUGAUACUUGUUUUCAACUAAUAACUCGUGAAUCCAGCUGUGACUGUCUGAUUUUGUCUGAGUGAGAAAACGGAAAUUCUAUUAAUUAUUAACAUGAAGAAUAUGUUAUGAGUGACUAUAAGUUAAUUCACAAAAAAUACAAAAUGAAAUACAAAGGUCACAUUCUCAAUGUUGCGUCCAUCUAGGCUUUCAGAGUGUUUUCCAGAUAAAUACAUUUUUAACAUAAUUUUGUUAAUUAGCAUAUCAUUUACCUGUUUAUAACAAAGAUUUUUUUGUUUAUCAAAUAGUCAAAAAAUGUAAGAAAACUAAAUCUAAAAACUGCUGUCAAACAAUCGUUAACACUCUUUGAUCAUUAAUUUCAAACAUUGCAUCUGAAACCACAACAAAAACAUCGUCUUUUGUAAUUUAGUGGUGAAAUUUUCAGCUUUAGAUUCAAUGUUUAAGUUAACGUUUAUUCUCACAGAUAUAUGAUUUGAGAUCUGUUUGACUGUCUUAUGCUAAUUUCAUCUAAACCUGUUGUAUCCACACUGAAUUUUGUUUAACUCGACUUUUAUUUCAUCUCAGCUAUUUUUUUGUUAGUAUUUGCAAAUGUUUAGCAUAUUUAAUCAAGUGAAAAAAGACAACUGUCAACAGUUUGAACAACGUUUUGCUUUCUAUGUCUUAAAUAAUAAAAUAGUUUAUUCUUCA